UUCCUGAUUUUGUAAUGCACUUUUCUACCUCGGAUGUAUGGUUUUUAUAUCUUGAUUUAGAAAAUAAAUAUCAUACCAUACCAUACCUGGACAUUACUCAAUACGUCAACGGAUAACUGCAUUUUACUGGAGAGGAAGAGAUUGGAAUGGCAUCAAUCAAAAUGAGCGUUUUGUGAUUCACGUGUGUUAUCACCAUAAACGAGGAACAACAACUUUGCUGAAAUUUUAAUCUUUGUAUUUUCACUCGAAUGUGGUAAAAUGCAGACGUGAUUCUCUUUAUAAAGUGGGCAAAAAUUAUCUUUAUUUUCAAUUUGUGAAAUUCAGCAGUGUUGUCGAGGAAGCCUAAUCAGUUAUUUCAAACAUGAUGCUACUUUAGGGGCCACCUGUGUAGAAAGACCACCUGUAUAAAGACUACAAUAUCCCCCGUGAACAGGGUUUUGCAUUGAAACGGUGGGGGCUCCUGGAAUAACCUUCUCAUAAAGACCUCCUACUACAGAGACUAUAUCGGUUUGGCUCCAUUGCUAGCGGUCUUUGUAUACAGGUUUCAUCGCUGAGACAUAAACCAUAAUAUGCCCACCUAUGAUAAUUUCUACGCGUCCGUUGGAAAGUUCACUUCGGCUUUCGUGCCCAUAUAAAGAGGGAAGAGGUCGUAUAUCUUGCAAUCCGAUUGAGAGUUUCAUUGCCCCUCUCAAACAAUCAACAUCCGGCUAGUUACACAAUGAGGACAGUUUAAAACAGAGUUUGGAUCGAAAGACAGUGACGUGAUUCAUGGCUCUAUAGAAAUAGUCAUCCAAGCAACUUGUCGAUAUUGGCAUGCUCAGGACAUGCUUAGUCAUAAUGUGCCAUUUAACCUCACGAUGUGAAUCUCCUAGCAUUGGAUUUAACAACUCCUCUCUGGCCUCAAUCUCUCUCUCUCUCUCUCUCUCCAUAACGGAUUUGUAAAUGGAUUCGAUUGAUUACCUGCGACGAAUAUUAAUCAAUUGACGCCCAUUCCUGGAAGCGGAUAUAUUCGUACACUGUAAAUACAGCCUACGUUCCAUCAAACUAAUUAUAAUCUUAACACGGAAGGCAGGAUUAUGUAACAGGGUGCAUGCUUGUUGUCGGGCCAAUGGGUUCCAUUAAUGACUUAUUCCAAUGCCACUUUUGACGCCGUCGAUACCAGAACGAAUCUAGACUAAUGAGAUUGGGGGUCGUACUGAAAGGGAAGGUUCGACCAUUACUAAUCUCUACGUACCCAUUGUAACUUACAAUUCUCCACCACUGCCAAUGUUUGUGGAAAUUCUUAUAGGCAGAUACCAUUAGUCUGCGUCGGAAAUGAAUCAUGGACAAUUACUUCUUGCAUAGCAACCCGUGUCGUCUGGACCAAGAUAUUGAGAAGUUGACGGAAUGUCUCUGAAUCUUAAAGAUGUGUGAUAUAACAACGUUUGUAUAGUGACAUCGAUCAGCAUCUCAAGAUGGAGCUUUACACAGAAAUGUCCUUGAUAUUUGAGAAUUGUACCAACUGUACCGAUAAUGAGACUGAUGUCUAUGAUCUCUACCCUCACUCGCUCGUCAUCGCAGCCAUCUACCUCUUCACAUCUAUAUUCGGUAUCCUCGGAAACAGUCUCGUCGUCGUCGGCGUGAUCGUCACUCCCAAACUGCAAACCCCUACCAAUGUGUUGAUAGUCAACCUGGCCAUCGCUGACCUCCUGACCUGCAUGAUCCUUCCGUUCCAGAUGUAUGGUAUCCUUAGUGAUGGAUAUAUGUUUCCGCGUGUCUGCGGCUUCAUAGGGGGUGUAAUCUAUGUAACAUUUACCUGCAGCGCUGUCACUCUGGUUCUGAUAGCCAUAAACCGAUGUUACGUCAUUACCAAAAACAUACGCACGCCAGUCGGUCUUAACACGCACAAGAAACAGAUCUUCUUAGCUAUUCUAUCAUGGAUUCUAGCGUGUUUAUACAACUACAUCCCAAUUUACGUUUUUAAAUUCACCGAAUACUCUUAUUAUCCUCCCUAUAAACAAUGCUUCACGAGUCCUACAGAAACGAGUGACUUUUAUCAUAACUUCCUGGCUUUACUAAUCGGGAGUCAUAUCAUCAUCAUGCUCGGCUGUUACAUCAGGAUUUUGGUGCAUGUGCGACAGCAACGAAAGCUCUUCCAUGUUUUCUUCGGGAGCAGUCGUAGCCAGAAUAUUGAACGACAGCAUCACAUCAAACGACUCAGUCAACGAGAGGUCAGGGUCACCAAGAACCUAUUCAGCAUUGUCAUUGCUUUCAUCUGCUGUACCAUCCCUACGGCUGUGGCCUUUGCGACACCUGGGGUACUCCUAUCAGGGAUAUACACCACCGCCAUCCUCUACUUCAACAACUGCAUCAAUCCUGUCGUCUACGCCUUCAGACACCCCGUCUUCAAGAAGUUCUUCAAGAGGCUCUUAAUGCGCACCCUUCAGAUCGUUCAUUGCCCGAAAAAGAUGGUGCCCGCGGAAGAGGCCCUAGGAAACGUUGCGCUUAGUAAAAUGCCCGAAAGAAACGUCACUAUGGCAUGUUUAUAUGCAAUUAACGUCAGCCAGAUAGUUGCUUUUGAAGGUGUCAAAUCUGACUCUAUGGAGGUGUUAAACACGUUAUAAACUUAUAAAAUAUUGGAUGAAUAAUUAUUUUAAAAUGUAUAACUAAAAAUAAUGUAUUCAUUGGUAACAAUAAUAUACAAAUGAUGCAUGCGCAUGAGUUCAUUAUACGAUCUAUCCGCACUCGAGUUGAGGCUGUGUGUAUCUAUUGCACGAAGCCGUUAGGCCGAGUGCGAUAGAUACACACAGCAUCAACGAGAGCGGAUAGAUCGUAGAAUGAACGAAUGAAAACAUGCAUCAUUUUGUUUUAUACAACGAAACUCCUAAAACCUUUUUAUUUGAUGUAAAAAUAAUUCAUUCAAGAUGGAUUCGUGACAGUAGUAUGGCUGACAAAUAAAUCUAAAGUUUAAGGCUUAAUUUACUGCGCACACGUAGAUAUAAUAAGCGCACUUACCUCUAUACCCAUUUACGCAUAGUGCUGUGCAAGAAUAGGCCUAUGCACACACAGUAUUAAGCGCUAACCUCUACGCGCAUUACUGCGCAUCAUGUACAUGCGCUAAAAAAGCCUGCAAUAGUAC